AUGUCUGCUUCUCAAGCCCCAUCUCAGCCCGUGCCUCCCAGCUGGAAGGAUCUCGGCAAGGCUGCUUCUGAUAUCCUUGGAAAGGACUACCCGAUUCACGGCUCUACCCUCGAGGUGAAGACGCACACCCCCUCGGGUGUCACCUUCCGUGUAUUCGGCCUUCACGACAACAAGUCUUCUGCUAUCACAGGCGAUCUCGAGGCCAGCUGGUUCGACCGCAAGAAGGGUAUUAGUCUCACUCAGGCUUGGUCGACUGCCAAUGUGCUGCGCAACCAGAUUGAGCUGCAGAACCACCUCGCCAAGGGCCUCAAGUUUGAGCUGAUCUCCACGCUUGUCCCCGAGAAGCAGGCCAAGAAUGCGCUCCUUGCCACUACGUACAAGGCGCCUGGUCUUCACAUCCGUAACUUUGUGGAUGUGUUCAAGGGCCCGUUGCUCACUUCUGAUGCCGUUGUUGGCCGCGACGGUCUUCUUCUCGGUGCGGAGACUGCCUACGACGCCCGCGAGAAGAAGGUUGCGCGGUACAAUCUUGCGCUCGGCUUUUACGCACCCGAUUAUGCCGUUGCGCUCCACGCACUUGGCAACCUUACCACGUACAGUGCCUCGUACUACCACCGCGUCAACGCGGACGUCGAGGCUAGCGCCCGUGCUACCUACGAUUCCAAAGCGUCGAGCAACGUCAAUCUCGAGGUCGGUACCAAGACUUAUCUCGACAAUGCUGCGUUUGUCAAGGCCAAGGUGAACAACUCGGGUAUCCUUGCGCUUGGCUACGCGCAGGCGCUCCGCCCCGGCGUCAAGGCCACCUUUGGCCUCGCCCUCGACACGCUUAAGCUCAGCUCUGGCUCGGCUGACGCGAGUGCGCACAAGAUUGGUGCUUCGCUUACCUUUGAGGCGUAA